AUGCGAUGGUUCUACGCCUGCUGUGUGAUCGUGAUUGGUGCCCUACUAUUCUGCGAGUAUAUAGCCGACUUUGUGGUCCUCCAACAGUGCAAGUGGCCGGAUGGGAUCAAUCGGAAGUCACCGUACAUGAACGAUGCAUUGCGGGCCUUAAUCAUUGCAGACCCUCAUCUAUUGGGUCCCCAUCGCGGGCACUGGCUGGACAAGUUCUAUAGGGAAUGGCACAUGGCAGGAGCCUUCCAGGCGGCCGCUCGUCUCUUUCGGCCUGACGUGGUGUUCGUACUGGGCGAUUUGUUUGACGAGGGCGACAUGGUGAACGAUAAACACUUCCAGGACUAUGUGUGGCGCUACCUUAAGAUGUUCCACCUACCGCCAGGCAUACCACUCGUCAGUAUCGUCGGUAACCAUGACGUGGGCUUUCAUUACAAAAUGCAUCCCUUCUUCAUAUCUCGCUUCGAGAAGCAUCUGAACCACUCCCUGGUUACUCUGUACACCAUCAGGCAGAUACACUUUGUGAUGAUCAAUUCCAUGGCCAUGGAGGCCGAUGGAUGCCGGAUCUGCACCCAGGCCCAGGAGCAACUGAGAAACCUCUCACGUAUCCUCCAGUGCAUGAAGUUUCCGCAAGAUGACGAGUGUGACUACUCUGAGCGGCCAUUGUAUAGCCAUCCCAUCCUGCUCCAGCACUUCCCCACUUACCGAAUUUCCGACACCCAGUGCCAGGAGUACGAUACUCCGUUGAUCGAAGCCUACCGCGAGCGCUUUCAUGUUUUGUCCAAAGAGGCAACGGACAUGUUGGGGGAGCUCUUGCGACCCAGACUGGCGUUUGCCGGGCACUCGCAUCACUACUGUCACAGCGUGAAUCGGCUGGGCAUCGAUGAGUACACGGUGGCCUCGUUCAGUUGGAGGAACAAGGUGAAUCCCAGCUUCAUGCUGACCACCAUUACCCCUGAUGACUAUAUGGUCUCCAAGUGCAAGAUGCUUUCUCAGCAGUUUGUAAUCAACAGUUACCUGGUUGCCGGAAUCCUAUGUCUAAUCAUCGUAGCCUGUCAGCUACCAAAACGUAAUAGCAAGAGAAAGUCCUCAUCAUUGUCCAAGGAUCUUUGA